AUGGCCGUGGUGGUGGAGGGUGUCGGGGAUGCCGAGUUCGAUGGCGCAUUUGAGGGACAUGGAGGAGAUGGAGUUGAAAUAUCCACGAUCACCAUCUUCUCCAACGUUGCUAUGGCUUCAGCGUCAACCCAGUGUCUUGGCGUUGACCAGAGAUUACUAUUGCUCGAGCUGAGAUACAGCCUUGUCUUUGACACCUCCACGUCGUCCAAGCUAGUACGCUGGGACCAGAGUGCUAAUUCGUGGAGUGGCGUGACAUGCGAGGACGGCCUCGUGGUUGGUCUCGAUUUGAGCGAAGAGUCAAUCUCUGGCGGAAUCAAUGGUUCCUCGAGCCUCUUUAGGCUCGAGUUCCUUCGAAGCCUGAACUUGGCAUUCAACAACUUCAACUCCAUGGCGAUUCCAUCGGGCUUUGCUAAUCUCAGCCGCUUGGCACAUCUCAACUUGUCCAAUGCCGGAUUUGCUGGGCAGAUUCCUAUGGAGCUAUCGUGCCUAACGAAGUUACGUACUCUUGAUCUCAGUCUUGUUUACAACAUUUACGAGGGUUUGUUGAAACUUGAGAAGCCCUCUUUGAGGUCGCUAAUUGGGGAUUUGGGGGAGUUAAGGGAGCUGUACCUGGAUUGGGUCAAUGUGUCUGCUAAGGGAAGUGAGUGGUUCGAUGCAUUGUCUUCUUCAGUGCCAAAACUUGAGGUGUUGAGCAUGUCAUAUUGUUCUUUGUCUGGUCCUAUUGACCCUUCCCUUAUGAGUCUUUCUAAUCUAUCGAUCAUUCAACUUGAUGGCAAUGACUUGUCCUCCACAGUUCCUAGUUUCCUAGCAAAUUUUUCUAGCUUGAAAACUCUGAGCCUGGGGGAAGUUGGCCUAUGGGGAGAAUUUCCUCAUGAAAUCUUCCAAGAGCUAUAUCUUUCCGAUAACCGAUUUUCUGGUGAAUUCAAGGAAUCUUUUGAUGCUCCAUCGCACGUGCUUGAUACACUUGAUUUGAGCAACAACAAUAUAGGAGGAGAACUACCGAUGUUUAUAUGGGAACUUCGAGAGCUCAGCUCUCUCUCACUUUCUUCCAAUAAUUUGAGUGGCUCAUUCCAUAUUAACUUGAUUCAACAGCUAAGAUAUCUUUCGGAUUUGGAUCUUUCCUACAAUCGUUUCUCCAUUGAUGCCACAAAUACUACUUCCCAGGCCUCUUCAUUCCCUGACCUUGAAUCCUUAUUUUUGGCUUCUUGCCAGUUGACGACAUUGCCUCAAUUUUUGGCUAAUCAGUCCGAAUUGAUCGUUCUCGACCUCUCUGAAAAUUAUAUUCAAGGGGAUAUACCGAGAUGGAUAUGGACACUAGAAAGUCUUCGAGAUCUCAAUUUUUCCUCUAAUUUAUUUGAAGAUUUCGAAACACCCCCGGGCAAUCUUACUUCUAUUCUGAUUUAUGUCGACCUCCAUUCAAACAGGCUCCGAGGGAAUAUGCCACCCUUGCCAUCACAUGCUUCCUACUUGGAUUUCUCAAGUAACAACAUAUAUUCUGUUAUUCCGGAUCACAUCGGCGACAACUCACAAUACUUGGCUUUCUUCUCCCUUUCGAAGAAUAAUUUCCAUGCGUCCAUCCCGCGGUCUAUUUGCAAAGCUGCUUUUCUUCAAGUGCUCGACUUAUCGCAUAACCAUAUGAAUGGAACUAUUCCUGAUUGUUUAAUGGAGUUGGAGUUCCUCACUGUAUUGAAUCUAAGGAACAACCAGUUGAAUGGUGAAAUUCUACAAAACAUCCCAAGAACAUGCAAUCUGAAGACAUUGGAUAUUAGUGAGAAUUUGUUGCAAGGGCAGAUUCCAUUGUCGUUGGCAAAUUGCACAAUGUUGGAUUUCGUAAACAUCGGGGACAAUCAAAUAGAUGGGACAUUUCUGUGCCAUCUCGAGUCUAUAUCAAGUCUCCGUGUCCUUGUUUUACGAUCCAACAAAUUGCAUGGGGAAAUUGGAUGUCCAUAUAGUCGCAGCUCCUGGAAGAUGCUUCGAAUCAUUGACUUGUCUUCAAAUGAUUUUGGCGGCAUGCUGCCUGCGAGUCUCAUGGCAUCUUGGGAGGCUAUGAAGGCCGAUGUCGACUUUGAUCACCUGCAGUAUCAGACUAUGGGUUACAAAUUUCCUCUGCCUUACUAUGAAGUAACAAUGAGUGUAACCUUGAAAGAUAUACAGCUAGAACUCGUUAAGAUCCUGACUAUUUUCACGUCCAUCGACUUCUCUAGCAAUAGAUUGGAGGGCCCAAUACCGUAUACACUUGGAGAUCUCAAAGCACUUCAUGUUGUCAAUCUAUCGCACAAUGCCAUCUCGGGUUCAAUUCCUCCUGUUUUCGAGAAUCUAGGGAAGCUUGAGUCGCUAGACCUGUCAGGGAACUACCUCAAUGGAACCAUACCAGCUCAACUUGCAAAUCUCAAUUUCCUUUCGUUGCUGAACCUCUCAAACAAUCAACUUGUAGGAAACAUCCCGACAAGUGGACAAUUUCUCACAUUUUCCAGAAGUUCUUUUGAAGGAAACCUCGGAUUGUGCGGGCUUCAGCUCAACAAAAGUUGCUCAAUUACCCCGAACGGGACAAAAGAAGUUGAUGCCGAUGGCGACAAUGAUGAUAGCGAGAAAAAGUGGUUUUACAUGGGCAUACCGCUUGGGUUCGUCGUUGGCUUCUGGAUUUUUUGUGGUCCAUUAAUGUUUAAAAAUGCAACUUCAAAAGCAUUUAGCAUUUUUCCUUUGUGCCUUUGCCACGUCCACGGCCGUCUUCCAGCGCCUCGCCGAGCACAACAGUGCGCGGAGCAGAGCAUAGCAUGUUGGGUUCUCCCGCCGCCUCCACCUCCUCCGCCGACGCUUCUUUCCGGAACUUGCCCUUCCAGCUCUCAGCCGUACCUGUGGGGUGUGUUCGACUUCAAUCGUGUUCGUCGGCGCGCGCUGCUUCUCCGAUCAAAGCCAUGGCUGCCGAGGCUGAGAUUCUGUCUGCGCCCGACAAGGAGCUGCGCCCUUCUUCUCCUCGUACCCCUCUUUUCUCUCGUGUCUUUAACUUCUUCUUCGAUCUUAUCAGCGUCGUCGUUCUUUUUUUCUGGGCGUGUGCCCUUUUGUAAAUGCAAAAAAAUCCGAUUUUUUUUUCCUUUCUUCAAUGUUCGGGGGGGCAAGCAGGCAUUGAUAUCUUUGUAUGACAAAACUGAUUUCGCUUUUCUUGGAAAAGGCCUCCAGGAAUUGGGGUAUACUGUUGUCUCAACUGGAGGAACCGCAUCUGCUCUGGAAAAUGCCAGGUUGUCCGUCACCAAAGUGGAACAGCUUACUUGCUUCCCAGAGAUGCUGGAUGGUCGCGUAAAGACCUUGCAUCCUCAUACUCAUGGAGGAAUCCUUGCUAGGAGAGACCAACAGCAUCACAUGGAGGCUCUUGAAAAGCAUGGAAUUGAUGGAAUUGAGAAUGUUGAUAUUGGUGGUCCAGCCAUGAUCAGAGCUGCUGCGAAGUGUCAGAGCGGCUCUGGAGACAAACAACUGGAGGUAUUCAUCUGGUUUGUGUUCUCAAUUGAUGUCAUAGCCACUAAGGCAAUUAAAAAUUGCAUGUAG